GUUGCUUCUAAAGUAGCACAUACUGAACCGGAUGUUGUCUGAAUGUCAAAGAUGGCGCUCCACAUGUCAGGGUGAUUUUUGUUGUUAUUAAAUAUCUAGAGGCAAGUAGCCUGUAUUUAUAUUUUUAAGCCGAUGGUGUUUUACUGAAGCUCGGCUCAUUGAACACAGCUAAGAUGGCUCUGAACGUGCGAGUGUUGUUAGGUAAACUUCAAGGAUGUCGUCCAAUAUUGGCUGCAAACCAGACAGCUCGGUAUCUGAGUCAGGCCGCCUCUCAGCCGGAGCCCUGCGCCGAGGAAAAUGAGUCCGUGAACCCGACCUUUGAGAACAGGAACCCCCGCAACCUGGAGCAGAUGGCCCUGGCUGUGAAGGACCGGGGCUGGAAGACGGUGUGGCCUCACCGGGAGUUUUACCACAGGUUGGAGUUUAUUCGAACCAAGAACUAUGUGACGGCCAGCGUGUUCUCCAGCAGCUCUCCUGUCCCGGUGCUCACCUGUUCCACCAAAGAGUGGGCGCUGAAGAGGGAUCUGCACUCCACCGGCUGCGUGGCGGCGUGCCAGGCUGUGGGCGAGGUGCUGGCACACCGCUGCCAUCAGGCCGGCAUCACCAGGAUGUUGUACAGGGCCAUUCCCUGGACCUACCGCUCUGACGCUGUUCAGUCUUUCAGGACAGCAUUGAAAGAGGGAGGAAUCACCCUCAGUGAACCCAGGAGGAAAUACAUCGGCAACUGAGUUUAAGAAUCAUUUAUCACGUUUUGUUAAAAUGUCCUGUAUCCCUUUCUCUCUGCUCUCUUGUGAAUUAGGACUGUACGGUUAUUAAGAUGACCAGCACUACAGUAAAUGACAAUGUAAAGAGAAACAAAAUUAGUGAAGUACAUCUGCUGUCCUGUGCUCUGUCUCUUGUGAAUAAAACAUUUCUAAACAGAA